AUGCCAGCCCUAACUGCGCCGGGAACGACGAAGCCGAUACCGACUAAGUCAGAAAUGAACCAGCCUACGCCAGCCCCGACGACGUUAAGAAGUGAGAACCCUACACCUUGCUCAACUACGCCGGGACCGACGAAGCCGAUAUCAACCACGUCAGAAAUGCAAAAACCGGAAAUUAAUAUCGCGACCGGGAUGACUUACGACGACAUUUACUCUAUUCAGCAGCAGACGGAGUUGAAUCAUGCUACUACAGCGUUGCGCAUUGAGCCGCUUGCUACAUCAUUUGCUGCCACGACAGCGGCUUCGUACCCCUCGUUGAGCUCCAAAAAUGGUGGUGGUUGUGGCUUGCCUGCUACUGCUCAUGUGGGUAUUCUUGCCUCUGUUUGCGUUGGUGUUACACUAACUGGCUUUAGUGCUCACAAGAUGAGGCAGCAGCGCUCUUACGAUGUAAAUGUGCCACUCGGCGGAUACUACGUUCAACCUAUCACUAAAAUCAGUCAUUCGUUAAGCUGUAGGCGGACCGAAGGUUUGUACAUGUGA